AUGAAUUUUUACUUUAUUCUUAUUGGUAUUCUUCAAUCUUUCAGAGAACUAUCACCUGUCAAUCCAUGGACAACAUGGCUUCCAAUUAUUGUUAUUUUUGUUAUCGCAAUCCUCAGAGAAGGCUACGAUGACAUCAAAUUACACAGGGAAGAUAAGAAAAUUAAUGAACGAAAAUACACAGGCUAUGUAAACGGCGAUUUGAAAGAAAUUCAGUCAAAAGAUUUUCAUGUUGGUGAUGUAAUAAUUUUAGAGCGUGAUAAAGAAUGCCCAGCAGAUAUAAUCGUACUUCAAUCCUCCGAAAAAGAUGGAACAUGCUCAAUUGAAACAUCAAAUCUUGAUGGUGAAACAAACCUCAAAGAAAGAACAAUGCUACCUGUUUUUGCCGAAAUGGAUCCAUCUACAUUCAAAGAUUUAAACGCAAAAGUAAAAUGUCAACCUCCAAAUUCAGAAUUAUAUUUAUUCAACGGUACAGUCGAAAUACAAGGCAAUUUACACGCAAUUACGAGUUCCAAUUUUAUCCAAGCGGGUACUAUUCUCAGAAAUACUAACAAAAUCAUAGGAACAAUCGUAUAUGCCGGCAAGCAAACGAAACUUGGCCUAAACAGCCAGAAACCACCAGUCAAAUGGACAAAAAUCGAGAUUCUCCUUAAUACUGUCUCCAAAUGGGUCUUCGGCAUUCAAAUUUUGCUGUCAAUCGCUUGUGGCUCAUUUGGUAAUUUUUACCAAAUCAAGCAUAUGAUGGAUUUCGCAUAUUUAGAGAUUACUAAAUACGAUUGGCGUGAUUGGCUUACACUAUACGUCAGGUUCUUCCUAUUGACAACCUCAAUGAUUCCGAUUUCUCUCAAAGUUACGUUAGAUAUCUGUAAAUUCAUUUACAGUUUGUGGAUAGAACUCGAUAACAAGAUGAUAUUAAGUGAUAGAAGGAACAAUGAUACCGAAAUAAAGCAUACAACAUGCGCAAAUACAAGUGUAAUUGAAGAUCUUGGUGCUGUUGAAUAUAUUUUCACUGAUAAGACAGGAACUUUAACCGAAAACGUUAUGGAAUUGAAGAAAUUUUCGGCCAAAGGUGUCAUUUACGGUUAUUCUUCCGAUACAGAAACAAUUUAUGAAGAUCCGUUAUUACAUAACGCAUUUGUCGAACAUGAUAUGAAUGUUUAUAAUCUAAUAAGAUGCCUAGCACUCUGCCAUACCCUAAAAAUCGAAAAUAAUGAACCUAUUGGAAUAUCUCCGGAAGAAAUUUCAUUUAUUAAAGGUCUUAAUAGGCUAGGAAUUACUGUUACGCAAGAAGGAAAGAUAUUCUCCAUACAAAGUGAGAGUUUGAACAUUCCUUUGAUGAGAUAUGAAAUUAAAUAUGUUAUUCCAUUUAAUUAUAUCAGAAAGAGGAUGUCAGUUAUCGUAAAAGACCUUGAUUCCAAUAAAUAUUGGCUUCUUACUAAAGGUGCUGGCGAAAUUGUCUCUAAAAAUUGCGCUGUUCCGAAAUCCUUUGAAUAUUUCGAUGGACAGCAAUAUCAACUUGCUGGUAUGGGCUUGAGAGUUAUGGCUCAGUCCCAAAAAGAGCUUUCUGAACAAGAAUUCAAUACUUUUAUAUCUAAUAUUGAACACAUUAGAAGAGAAAUCAAUAACAGAGAGGAGAAUGAGGCAAUUGUCUAUGAUAAUCUCGAAAAAGACUCAGAAUUGCUCGGAAUGACCGCAAUUGAAGAUAAAUUACAACAAGGAGUCCCAGAAACAAUUUCAAUGCUCAGAGAUGCUGGCAUUAAAAUCUGGAUGGUCACAGGUGAUAUUUUACAGACCGCAAUUAAGAUAUCUUUCUCUACUCAAUUAAUUCAGGGCGAUGGAAAGAUUUUAGACCUUUCCUACAAGGGAACACCGGUCAGUAAAUUACUUAGUACUGCAAAAGAAUACGUAGAUUCACAAUUUAAAGUUUCUCCAAAUUUUGUUUUUUAUUUAACUCUCCAAGGAACGACCAACCAAGCCUGUUUACCAGAGUUAUUAUCACCUCCACUUGUAGAAGACUUCAAAUCGCUCGCAUCAAGAGCGAAAUGCGUAAUUGUAAGUCGGGCCACUCCAUUACAAAAAGCUCAAAUUGUUGAAUGCAUCAAAAGCAUGAACAAGACAGUCCUUGCAAUUGGCGACGGCGGCAAUGACGUUCCAAUGAUCAGAGCAGCCCAAAUCGGAGUUGGCAUCCAUGGAAAGGAAGGAAUGCAAGCAGCUGCAGCCGGUGAUUUUGCAUUACACCAAUACAGAUUUUUGCAGCGAUUGCUCUUAGUUCAUGGAAGAUAUGCCGGAUACAGAACAUCUUGGCUCAGCCAGUUCUGUUUCUACAAAUCGACAGUUCUCUGCUUGAUCCAGUUAUUAUUUAUGUUCUCAAGCGGCUUCUCCGGCUCUUCCUUCUUCAAUUCAUUUAAUAUUAUGUGCUACAAUGCCAUAUUCACCAUUCUCCCUGUCAUAUUCUUCUUGCAGGACAAAGACAUUGAAGAGAGUUCCAUCUUUUUGCACCCUUACGUUUACCAAGAUACACAACAUUCGAUUUUUUGCAACAAGAGGACAUUGUUUUGGUGGUACAUGAGAGGUAUAUACCAAGCAAUUGUCAUUACCAUCAUUUGGUACUUCGUUUUCACUGAACAUCAUGCGAAUAACGUUGAUGGCAACGCAGCUUCAUUAGAUGAGGCCCAGCAAGUUGUAUAUUCCGCAUUAAUAUUAAUUAUCCUGUUCACAGUUACUUUAGAGACAAUGCAUUUCACUGCAUUGAAUUUAAUUUUCAUUUGGGGCAGUUGGAUUCUCUAUGUUUUUGUUGCAGUUGUUGCAUCAUCAAUAUCAUCAAUCGAGAUGCUCAAAGACAUGUAUCUCGUCAUGUGGAGAACAACAGCAAAUCCAAUACAUUGGUGCACAGUUAUAACAAUGGUUAGUUCGGCCAUUGCUCCUCCUUUCUUUGUACAGGCUGUGGCUUCAAUGGUCACCCCAACAAGGACACAAAUUAUAAGAAAGAACGAAACUGUGAAAAGAUCUGUUUUCGAACCUGUUUAUUUGGUUUCAAGACAGCAGAACAGAGAUGAUAGAAGACUUCUCGCACCAACAUAUAACCCAAUGUCUUAUUGGGAUCAAAGUGACUCAAUUUUCUGUCAGACUUGUUAA